AUGCGCCAAGUGGAGCAAGUCAUUGGCUCCAACGUCAUCCUGCGGUGUUGGAUUAGCGGAGCAGAAGCCGUGUCUGUGACGAAUGCCGAGGAGGUCUUUCUGCCCGAGCUCUCCGAUGCCCGCGAGGAUCCCCCGGAGCAGGUGGCCUUGCUUCCCGUGGAGCGGUGCCCUGGAGACUGCCCUUGGCUCUUCGAACGGGCCUUCGAGUAUGUAGGCACCGAAGACAAGUCGGAGCUACAAAAGUGGAACUACGAAGUCUGCAUUCGGUACCCGGGAGGCUCGAGCUGCAGUAUCACCUACCCGCACUCCCUAGGAGCACUGCUCCCAGAGUCUUUCCUCACCGGUUUCGCUGCUGGCUUGACAGAGACCCCGCUGGCAUCCAUGUUCGGCGCUCAUCACAUGGAGCUGCGCAGCCACAAGAAAGGGCUUUGGGGCACGCGCUUCGCUGUCUGGGCUCCCAACGCGCACUCUGUAAGCUUGGUCGGCGACUUCAACUACUGGGAUGGGCGAGCACAUCCUAUGUCUUGCCGAGAGAAGUUUGGAGUCUGGGAGAUCUUCCUGCCUUCCUGGGACCUGCGCGGUCAGAAAUAUGCCUACCAGGCUUGGGGGGUGUUCGCAGCAGAUGAGGUCGUCAAGGCCGAUCCUUGUGCCUUGGAGUUCGUGGAUCCUUCGGAUGGCGGCCACGAUGCCAAGGUGCCCGAGUGCGACGACUACAGCAGAGCAGCGUGGAACGGCACCUACCCGUGGACUGAUGAUGCGUUCAUUGCCAAGCGCCAGGCUCAGUUCGGCAGCGCAACCUGGUGCAAGGAGCCUCUUUCCAUCUACGAGGUGCACUUGGGAAGUUGGACCAUGACAGCCAGUGCGAACUACCGGGAUAUCGCAGAGCCCCUGGCGAAACAUGUGCAGGAACUGGGCUUCACGGCUGUGGAAUUCCUCCCGUUGUCACAGUAUCCCUGCGAGGAGUCUUGGGGCUACCAGUGUGCAGCGGGGCUGUUUGCCGUGGACAGGCGUCUUGGCACUCCCGACGACUUCCGCUACCUCGUGGACACGUUGCACAGCUACGGAAUCGCUGUGUUCAUGGACUUUGUUGGGGCACACUUUGCGAAGGACGAGUGGGGCUUGGUAAACUACAGCGGCACACCGCAGUACGAGUACGAAGGAACCAUGGGGCAGAUCCCUGGGUGGGGCACCUGCCGCUUCAACUAUGCCAAGCCAGAAGUCCAGGCGUAUCUGCUGGGC